CUCUGAGAGGGUUGCCGUGUCCACUCUGUUUCGAUCGAAUCGAUUUGUCGGCAGAAUAAGAAAACAGAUCUUAACUUAAAAGAUAAAAGUAUGACAGUGAAGUUUCUUCGAAGAAAGUUUGUUUGGUAGAUCCUUGCGCGAAGAUACGUGAAAAUAUGAAUCGUAAUCGAAUAUUGUUUUUAUCGUGAAGAUAUAGGAUUUUUGGAAUUUCAGGGACUCGUUGCGCUAAUUGAGAAAUUUCUUUCGUUUGGAUGACAUAACACGCGGAUAAUAGACGACUAUAGUGUAUCGAAGAGUAAAAAUAGUGAAAAGUAAGAAUUUCAUACAGCCUGUGUUUUUCCGCAGUAUCGUUUAAAUAUAAAAGCAAUAUAAAGUAAAUAGAUAAAUAGUGUGGUGAAAGUAAUAUUUUUUAUCGAACGAUCUCAUUAUUUAAACACUUCGACGAUAUUUUUCCUCUUAUUGUUACUUCAGACGAUAAAUUCCAUAGGGAAAAUUAUAAGACAAACAGUAAAGGAUAACAUAAUUUCAGAAAGUAAACAGUGAAGAAUAUGUUGAGUGUUGAUAUUUUUUAACAAAACUUUUUUAACAAAAUUUUUGACAAAAGAAAACAACUUUGUGAACCGCGCCAUCAACAUGACAGUCGUAUGCAACGAUGACGACAGCUCACGAUGCGCUCGCACCGAGUUUGAAAGGACACGACAAAAGAUUCAGGAGGGUGUUAGGAUUCGAAUCUAUUCCAGGAUCAUAAUCCUACCAGUAAUCGCGUGGGAUUCGUUGAAAGAACUUACGAUCCUUCGAAACUCGACGGAAGACAUGGCUCAAGUUCCUCUUAUCAGGACCGAGGGAAAUGGAUCGACGGAAUCUUCGAUUCGUAACAUGGUGAUUCUUGAGGUUGGUCGACCCGGAGACACGUGGACCUACUGCGUAGGAAGGCAACGACUCGCCGAGAAAUCGGAAUGUUUCCGUGCUAUGCUCCUCGGUCCUUUAGCGCCUGCACCAAGCGAUCCUCCACCUGUGUUGAGAUUACAACACGUGGACAAAAGGGCUUUCGAUCAUUUACUCAGAUACCUUCUCGACGAGACGAUCAAUUUCCAUACCGUGACUAUGGCUAAAUCAACACUUCAUGCGGCUCAUCAGUAUCUUUGUCCAGGAUUAGUACGAUUGAUCGUUGAGUUUCUCGAAAAGAGCCUAACUCCGAUUUCCGCGCUUGAGAUCUACGAAGGCCUCACUCUUUACGCGAACCACAUAAGCUGGCAUCCCAACUGGUCACCUACAGCUCCUCCUGCUCCCGGUGAUGACGCUGCUGAAAUAGCCGCAGUCUGUACGCGACUUCUUCUCGCUUGUUUGGACGUGAUCGACUCGGAUCCGGAGACGGUUUUCUGCCAGGAAUACUUCCAACAGUUGAGUUCUACCGAAGUGAAAGAAUUGGUGUCUCGAGACACCCUGAGAUUGACCAAAGAAUCGAUACUGUUCGAAGCAUUAGACAGAUGGGCCAUGUUCGAGUGUAAAAGAAACGGAGUCAAACCAACCGCUAGCAAUAAGAGAGCCGCGCUCUCGGACGAUGUUUGGUAUAGCGUCCGAUAUCUUCUUAUGACUGACAGAGAGUUCAUCGAGGGUCCUAUGGCGAGCGGAAUCUUUUUUAGCGAAGAGUCGGCUUAUAUCGUUGCCAGAAUUUUGGGACAUACGGUAAAACACGAGGAAGAGAAGCUCCGAAAUUCCGUAACUGGAACAUUACCUAAGCUGAUCAGUACUCCAAGGAUGGGUACGAGAAUCUGCGAGGACCAAAGCUACAAAAUAUCGAAACCAGGGAAAAAAGAAUGCCAAGACAAUCGGAAGAACAGGAGAAAGGAAUGUGCAAAUCAGGGACAGAAGACCUGUGCGAGAAUCGGUAAUUGUCUCGUACGAGUUCUCGCCUGUAUUUUCGACUGAACGACAUUGAAUACGGGGCCAAGACGAAGAGGAAUCGAUGACAUUGACAGAUUCUUGAAUCUCUCACCGAAAGCUAAUUUCUUUCCUACCGUUUUUCGUAUCUUUGCAGCAUUACGUGAAACUUUUGCGAUAAAAUUUUUCGAAGUUUCAAUAGUAUUAUGAUAUGACAAUGAGUUAUGAUACUGAUUUAGGUACUAAGGAUAACAAUGUUUUGCGUUUAAUCGAUAUUAACAUUCGUCCGCUACAUACUGCUGAAAAAUAUAGUUUAUUUUACAGAUUUCCUCUCGUUUUCGUGAAGUAUCUUUUAUUUUACUUUAAUUUCGCAAACAAUGGAUGCUAUACGAUGGCAAGAAAGCUGAAAGAGGCUGAAAUCUAAUUAUUAUACGUUUGUUAAUGUCCCUUUCCGCUAGUUUAUAGAUACUUUCGGAUAUAACGUUCCUCCUCGCGAAGUGAUAUUUUCUGAGGAUAGAAAACUGGAUUUUAAACGAUUCAAAUAUUUUUCAAUUUUAAAUAAUCGUUUUGAAGUUUACAUAUUUUAUUGUCUUCGCAUUUUUUAUAGAGAUAUUUACUUGUUGUCUAAUCACAGUAAAUUUUAAUUUUGAGAAAAUAUUGUAAUGAAUUUUGUACAUUGGAACAUUUUUAUUGAUUAUUUGUAUCUAUUCUUUCUUAUAAAAUAAUAACAAUUAUAUUAUUAUUUUUUUAACCAAGUAUUUAUAAACCUUUUGGCAAAAUUGUAAAAGUAAUUGACGUAAAGCAAAGCAAAGAAAGAAACUAACUUAAAACUCCUAGCAAUGGCUUUGGCAAGUACCAUUUUAAAAUCAAUCAAUUUAAAGAACAUUGAAAGAAGAUUGAUCUUACAUAUUUUUAAACAUCCUUUGUUAUCUUUGAUACAAAAUUUUACGCGCCCUUUACAAAUAAGUUCUCUAAAAAUGUUUAAACAGUAUUUGUAAUUUUAUCAUAACGGAGACUAAAAAUUUUAUACAGGCUGAGCUACUAUUUCUGCCAUAAUUUCUCAUUUCUCUUCUACAUUAAUUCAUAUCCUGGUAUCUUCUAGAAUAAUAAAGAUAGAGGAUACCAGAUAUUUUUCGUACAAAUGGUAGUCAACCUGUUUAGUAUUUUUAGUUUUCCAUCGUCGCUAUUAUCUGUAUCCUGUUAUACGUUAACGGCUACGUUCGUUGUGUUCAUAAUUGCUGUUCAGAGUAUAUAGCGUUCAAAUUGUGAGUUAGAGCGUGGAACCAUGGCUGGUCCGUGUAAAUACGACGUUCAAUUACGCAAGCUUCGUUUUUGCAACAAUUUUUCUAUGCUUUAUACCAAAUUUUUAUAAACAAUAACAGCGAUGCAUUUUUCAUGAUCGUCAUUACCUUUGAAAUUACUGACUUCGAGUGAAUCAUUGCGUGGUUCGAAAUCAACAACUCUGAAUUGUCCCUUUAACAACGAAGAAUUUUGGAGCUCAAUUAAAGGGGGAAAUCAAUUUGGAGUUGGUGCAUUUAACAUCCGGUUCAAAUCUAGACAGUUGGUUAAUUUCUUUAAAUGAUAUCGAUUCUUUUCAUUCUAAAUAUCUUAACUAUUUAUAAAAAGAUUUAGAGGACUAUUAUACACUAAUAGAUAAGUUACAGAGAGCGUUAAAUAUGUUACGAAGAAUGGAGAAGAAAUGAUACUUUAUUGAAAAACACGAUACAAUGAAGAUGUUCAGAAAUAUCUAGAGAUACUGUUUUUAUCUUUCUUUAUAUAUACAUAUACAUAUCUUACGUUCGCAUACCUGAACGCUUAAAUAAUUUCUUUAUUAAUUCACUAAAUUAAUGUUACAUACCAUACUUUAACAAGUGACCAUUCAACGUAUAUUUGUCUAUUGGUAAUUAAGUCAAUUAAUUUCUUAUUACUAUAGUAAUACCAAGUGUCUAGAUUUAAAUUGUACAUAAUAUAUCAUUGUUAACAUCGAAUUUUAUUAAUAAAGGCAAUGUCGUGUCGUUAUAAAAAACACGAGAAAGAUGACAUUAUUGAAACGAUGUUCGUCGUUUUCAUAGUAAUUGUCAUAUUCGUUUAACAAUUACUACUAGCUAAUACCUUUCGCGAGCUAAUGUCAUAAAUGGCCGCUUAGGUGUGUUCUAUCGUUACCAUUAUACGUUAGUCAUUAAAUUUCGUGUUGCUAUUUGAUCGGUUAAAUUUUAUUCGCCGCGACUCGUUGUACUCAAAUUAUGGUAAGAUCAAAUGUUACUCUAACGAGUGUCGCUGAGUCUAUUGUGUGUUAAUAAUUAUUUAGAAAUCGAUGGAAUAUUGCAACCUGAUUACUUGUUCGGAUUGAUUGCGUCAAAUUGGUUGUAGAAACGACUAAAUUCAUUUUGAACCACUAUUCGUAGUUGCUUCUUCGAGUAUACACAUGGUAAAUCUUUCAAUUUAUUUUGUGCGUAUCCCAUAUGAAGUCUCUGUGAAUGCCAAACAAGAAGUAUCGAAGGCUGCAAAUAAAGCUUGCAAGUGUAAUGAUAAAUUUAGUAAAAAUAAAAUAAACAUAAGAACUUUACUACCA